CAACCCUUUAAAAGUCGUAACUUGACAUUAGCACAUGUGUUUGUUUUUGUUUAAUCGAAAAAUUUAAUUAUAAAUAUUAGAAAAAUGGGUAAAGGCAAAAAGGCGUUCAUUGAUCGUAAAAAUGCUGUGACUUUUCAUCUGGUGCAUCGCAGUCAACACGACCCUCUGGUCACUGAUGCGGAUGCUCCUCAACAUGUUUUGGUAGAAGCUGGUGCCCGUCAGCCGCAAAAGCAGGCAAAUCUCGAUCCAGCCGAUUUGGAAAAACGUCGAGAAGAGCAAAAGAAAUAUGGCAUUCACUAUGAUGAUGAUUAUGAUUACUUGCAGCACUUGAAAAAGCCCGAAAUGGAGACAGUAUGGGAGUAUGUGGAGAAUCCCAAUCAAGCCAAGAAACGAGUUGAUGAAAAUCGUUUAACCACAGCACCGAAAUUGAAUUUGCCCAGUUCUGUAUUUGCUAGCGAAUUUGAAGAGGACGAGGGUAUGCUAAACAAAGCUGCUCCACACCCUGGACCACGUCCCGAUUGGGAUCCAGAUGUAGUUGCUGCUCUAGAUGAUGAUUUUGAUUUUGACAAUGAAGAAAAUAUGUUGGAUGAUGAUUUUGUUAUGAAGGCCAUGGAGGGAAAUAGUGAUGAGGAAGAAGAUUACGAUGAAGAUGAGGAGGAGGAAGAGGACGAUGAGCAAGAUUUCGACUCUGAUGACCUAGAUGGUUCCGAUGAAGAAGAUGACGAUGAACUUAUGGAUCGUUUGGGACCGCUCAUGAGAAACAAACGUUUUGCAAACGAGGAAACCAAGUCCCAGUUCACAGAAUACUCCAUGUCAUCUAGUGUCAUUCGUCGCAACGAACAGUUGUCCCUUUUGGAUGACCGUUUUGAACGUUUCUAUGCCACUUAUGACGACCCCGAACUUGGAGAUCUAGCCACCGAAGAAAUCGAAGGAUCGUGGGGCCAAAAACACCCGUAUGUGAUGGGUUGUUAUAAACAAUUUAAAAAAUCCGAUGAAAUUUUAGAAUAUAACAAAGAAUGGGAUAAGAAACGCAUAGAAAAAUAUGAAAAUGUUGUAGAAGGUGAUCAAGACCCGAAUGAAGAACUGAUAGAGUAUGAAGUAGAAGAUCCAAAGGAGAAAAAAUGGGAUUGUGAAUCUAUUUUGACAACUUGUUCGAACAUAUACAAUCAUCCAAAACUUAUUGAUGAACCCAAGAAACAUAGAAGUCGCCAAAACUCGAAUUCAUUAGCGGGAAAUAAAAUUGAAAUCGAUCCCAAAACUGGAAUGCCAAUGAAUGUUUUGCAUGGUGACAACAAUCAAUUGACAGCCAAAGCCUUGGCGAAACUUGAAAAUGGCACAGAUGCUAAUGCAUCCGGCCCCAAGUCCCUCUGUGCAAAAUCGGUGCUAUCCACACUUAGUGUAUUAUCAAUACGUCCAAAGGACGAGACGCCCGAAGAGAAACGGGAGCGUAAACGCUUACUUAAGGAAUAUCGCUUGGAACGCCGCAUUGAGAAGAAGGCUAACGCUGAAGCCUUUAAGGAGGAAAAGAAGCGACAAAUACACGUGAAACAAAAUCAACAUCUCAAUCAACAAGGCAGUAAAAUUCUUUAGUUAUAGUUACACAUACAUCUGCUUGUCUUUAUUAUACAUUAAUCCUCUAGAAGAAAUCAAACACAUUGUAUAUAAUGGUACAAUAUAUAAUUCUAUUUUUAUUGGCAGCAAUCAAUUGCCAGUUACGAUAAAGUAAAAUUCAAAAAAUUGUGUGGAUCGUGCAGUGCGCACAAUCUAUUUUGUUUUAAAACACA